AUGCUCAUUUUGGUGGCUGGCAUCACCGGCUUCGUCGGUAUCCCCGUUGCCGAAGCCGCCCUCAAGCGCGGAUAUCAGGUCCGAGGCUUGGCUCGCAAUCGCGACAGACUUCCCAAAGGCUUGCUGGAACGACUGGAAAGCUUCGAGACGCUGACCGGCCCUCACGAUAUUGCUGCAUUGGAGCGUGCUGUUGCUGGCGUCGAUGCCGUCGUCAGCACCAUUGCCGCCACCCCUGAAACAAUAAUGGAAACGCAAGUGCUGCUCCUGAAGGCAGCAGAGUGGGCUGGUGUGAAGAUUUUCCAUGCCAGCACCUGGAACCUCGACUGGAGGCAAUCUCCUGGUACCCACGAGGUUUACGACUCGCUCGCUCACUUCGCCCAUCACGCCUCGAUGACUUCCACCAUCAAACCAAUCUAUAUGUUCACCGGUGCGAUUGCGGAGUGGUACUUUGUUCGAAGCGCAAAGGACUGGGACCGCGAGACCAAGACGGUGAUUUACCAUGGAGACCCGGCGUUCAAGACCCGUUACACCACCGCCAAUGACAUCGCCAACUACGUGCUCGAGGCUAUCACUGCGCCAGAUGCAGCCGAGGGAGGCUAUAUCAGAGUACAAAGCUUCGAGGCAUCCCCAGACGAUGUCGUGGAGGCAUACAAUGCGGCGAGGGAAGGGAAGGCCAAGGCUAACCACAAGCGCCUGGGUUCUGUGGAGGAUGCGAAAGUAAAGUUAGAUGAGGGGAGAGCCAAGUAUACGAAGGCGGAGUGGUGGAAUUACGCCUGGUAUAUCUACCAGUACCAUAUUCCCCUGCGCACUUGGGAUUACGAGCCGGUUGAUGUUGCCCGCUUCUCCAACGUGAAGCAGACGAGCUUGGAGGAAUUCUUCCGCCAGAACCCCGAUGUUUAA